CCAAUUUUCAAAGGAAACAAACGCCACCAUACCGGUCUAGUUCGAACGGGAGAGAGACUCCCACGCUCUACACUCACUCUACACUCCAACUCCUAUAGUCCUAUCUAUACUUGCUUGCUCCCACACUCCAACUCAUAAAUCCAAAACCCGCCAAAAGAAAAGAAAAGAAAAGAAAUUCCAAAAACCCAAUCACAUUCAAACUCUCUCUGAACUCCGUAGCGUCAAGCCAACGGCCUUCCAGUUCCAUUCCAAUUUCCAAUCCGCUAGGUUUUUUUUUUUUUUUCAUUUCACAGUGAGCACUCAGAAAUGGCUUCCCACACCCUCUCGGCGAUCCCAAUCUCUCAAUCUUGUCACCGACUCACUUCCGAUUCUUCUUCUUCUUCUCUCACUCUUCCAUGGCGUCUCAACCCUCAUAACAAUUUGGUCAGCUCUCUAAUCGGAAAUAAGCUCUCCAUUCAACCCUCCACCUCCAAACCUCUCGUCUCCAAGCAUCGCCCGCCCGUCGCCACCGUCCUCUCCAUCCUCCCAACUCGGAAACCAGAAGGGGCUUCUUCUGAGAAAACCCCAAAAUGGUCGGCGCGAGCGAUAAAGUCGUUUGGGAUGGCGGAAUUGGAGGCGAGGAAGCUCAAGUAUCCGAAUACUGGGACCGAAUCGCUUCUCAUGGGGAUUUUGGUUGAGGGAACUAGCAUAGCUGCAAAGUUUUUGAGGGCUAAUGGAAUCACACUUUUUAAGGUGCGAGAAGAAACUGUCAACUUACUUGGAAGAUCUGACAUGUAUAAUUUUAGCCCUGAGCAUCCUCCAUUGACUGAACCGGCUCAAAGGGCACUUGAUUGGGCUGUUGCUGAGAAAUUGAAGUCAGGUGAAAGUGGGGAGAUAACGGCUACUCAUAUGCUUCUUGGAAUUUGGUCGGAAAAAGAUUCUGCAGGUCACAAGAUCAUGGCUUCCCUUGGUUUUGAUGAUGAGAAAGCCAAAGAGCUUGCCAAAUCUAUGAAUGUGGAUGUUGUUUUGAGCCAUAAGUAGGAAAGUCAAAUGGACUUAUUUUCGAGAUACUACUUGCUUGUUGCUUGGACCCAUCUACACUACCUUUCUUGAAGAUAUGGCUUCCUGGCAGAGUUUGUUAUUGAGGAAGUUGUUCCACACAUGGAUAGCUUUCAGCUUUUAUACAAAUUGCUUUUUUAACUCACCUGAAGGUGCUGAUAUUUUCAAAUUUUCGAACAAGGAAUUUUGUGCAAUUUAAAAUCUCAGGUGGGUGAGGUUCCCUCUUUAGUGAUAGAUUUUCUUCUGAACUUUGAAUUUUCACUUUAUCUCUACCUUAAUGGCCUAAUCCUCAUCACUGUUCCAAAUACCUGUUGUAUAUCUUCUGCAAGCUAAAGCAUUCUUAGAACUUUUGAAAUGACCAUGCAUAUGGAUAUGAACCCUUUCUUCAUCAAUUUGCGUUGUAGAGAUGUGGAGUAAGUUGCAGCAUAGUACUAAAAAAAGGGGAAUUGAUUUUUUGAGA